AUGUGUGUCUCUAGGUUUUUUCAGGACACUCUUGACUUACUCCCACUCGGUCAUGCUGUAGUUCUUAUAGUCUUCUGUGGAGGCGGUUUAGGAUUUAUUGGAUGGACAAAACAAAGACUGGGCGACCCCCUUGUGAACGUCGCCUGCUCUCUUGCUUCGCUGUCGUCCAUUACCGUCUUGACUAAAGAAGGCGCAGUACAGAAUGGAGAUUUGUCGUUUGCUAAAAUUUUUCAGGUUUUGAAAAUGGUCGUGAUGGGUGUAGCUGCGGCCAUGGCUGUGUCGUUCAUGAUAUUUCCAAUAUCUGCGCGGAAAAAGCUACGGUCAAACCUCACUACUGUCACCGAGACGCUAGCAACGAUGCUAGCCUUGAUUACCGAGAGCUUCCUCACUGGAUCUGAAGAGGAGCUUCAAACUGAAGAAUACCUAAGUGCAGCUGCGCGCCAUAAGCAGGCAUACAGCCAGCUUGACAGACUAGUAAGAGAAGCGAAACUGGAGCAUUUUGUUGCAGGUACAGAGAGACAAUACAGGCUGGAGAAAAAACUUGUACGCUGGGUACAAGAUAUCACUCAUAACAUGGGCGGCUUGCGCAGUGCGGCUCUCCUGCAGUUUCAGUUGCUAAAGCAAACCAAACUUUCCAGGCCAGUGCAGUACAAUAGCGAAGCAGCAGUUACAAAUGGGAUUCACCGAGAAUCAUUACCUAGUCCAUGGUCACUACAUGAGGAGCGACCAAUUUUGGAGCCGAUAGAUGAGAGGCUGGAAGAAGAGGUCUCAGAUAUGGGAAGAGACAGGCCUAAUUCAAGUCCAGAAAGAGACAUUUCUGACUCAGAAACUGAUCACGUUCUUCUUCCUGCGGAUAUCUUCGCACUAUUUAUCGGUCAUUUAGGGCCUUCGAUGCGAUCACUUGCAUUCACUUUGAAAGAAAUCUUCAAGGAGAUUCCUUUCAGACCUGCACCGGAUUACAAAGUCGCAAUCAAUAGUAGGUUCCGCACCAGUCUUGACCGGGCACUUGAUCUCUAUCGAGGAUCCCGAGAAGAAGCGUUGAAGACGAUAUAUCGACAGAAGGAUGUCUUAAACAUCCAGACCUUGGAAGUUGAAGCGGAUCUUGAGGAAGUUGCAGCCAGUUGUGGCCAUUUUAGUUUUUCGCUUCUGGAGUUCGGUGAGCAGCUAAAGGAGCUGUUAGCAAUCCUUGAUGAGUUGCAACUUGAAGCUGAGGAGAGGCCCGAUGGCAGGUCCUGGAACUGGCUGAGGUUUUGGGGUCGACGAAAUGCUUGGGUAAGAGCAAAGGAUACCGAGCGGCCAUUGGUUGAAGCAGGUUUCGUACAAGGUAGUGUUGAACCUCAAUUGGUAGUCGGCAACGCUGAGCCGCACCGUAAGCAAUUGUUAUCAUCCCUCCAUCCGGGAAACGUGUCGGGAGAAAAGAGCUUCGGUUAUCGUAUCUGGAAGUCACUCAAGAUCUUUCGACGGGAUGACACCAAGUUUGCUAUCAAAGUAGGUACAGGUGCGGCACUCUAUGCUUUGCCAUCAUUUCUCCCGUCCACAAGACCGUUUUACUCUCACUGGAGAGGCGAGUGGGGUCUUUUGUCGUACAUGCUAGUUUGUUCGAUGACCAUCGGUGCUUCAAACACCACCGGUUAUGCCCGUUUCUUGGGUACCUGCUUAGGGGCACUCUGUGCCGUCGUGUCGUGGUAUGUGACAGGUGGGAACGUGUUUGGCCUCGCAUCUCUGGGGCUACUCAUGGCUACGUGGACGUCGUAUCUCAUAAUAGUCAAAGGGCAGGGUCCGAUGGGCCGCUUCAUUAUGCUUACUUACAACCUCUCGGUAUUGUACGCGUACUCCCUCAGCCAGAAGGAAGGGAACGAUGACCAGGACGAAGGGGGCGAAAGUCCGAUUAUAACUGAGAUUGCUCUUCAUCGUGUUGCAUCUGUUCUGUCUGGCUGUAUCUGGGGUAUUAUCAUCACACGAGUGAUUUGGCCUAUCAGCGCGAGGAAGAGAUUGAAAGAUGGUCUAAGUCUCUUAUGGCUUCGAAUGAGUCUGCUCUGGAAACGCGGCCCACUGUCUACCAUGACUAGCAACACAGAUAACUCGGUUUUCAUGAGCCCAAGGGAGAAAUUGGAGAUUGAACGAUUCCUUUCGCGCUUGGAGUCUCUUCAGGCGUCCGCCCGCUCCGAAUUUGAGCUGAAAAGCCCAUUCCCUGAUUUGGCAUACAGUAACAUUCUCCGCCGCACAAGGAGUAUGGUAGAUGCUUUUCUUGCGAUCAAUAUUGAGCUUGAUAAAAAUAUGACGGCAUCCGAAGGCGAGCUUAGUAUUCUCCAAUAUACCGACAAGGAAAGACAGCAAUUGUCGUCGCGCAUCAGCCAUCUAUUGUCAGCAUUGAGCAUGCCCGAGAUCGGCUUCUUGCCCGCCUUUUCCACUAUCGCAAGGAUCAUGGAGCAUCACGCCUGUCUACAGACGAGGACUAUGCGUUGUUGUAUGCUUAUAUCUUAG